UCCUGUCAGUGUGCAAACUUAACUAGGGUCCCUGAAGGCAGCACCACUAGUGUGUAUCCGUGUGUUUCUUACGUCCACGCCGCUGUCUGUCAAAGCUGGAGAAACAAGUUCUCAGGACAGAAAUAAUUAAUAUGACAGUGAACGCAGCAGAGGUGUGGCAGUGUGGGGGGCUGAUGUGGGGGCAGUAUGACCGCUCUCCUGUGGAUGCUCGCGCUGCUGCCUCACGUGCUGGCCGCUAUGAUUAAAUUCCCCCCGCCCGUCAACAUAACCCUGACCUCAAGCCAUUUCGAACAUGUGUUGAGAUGGGAGCCUGGACCAGGGACACCCACAGGAGUCUACUACCAUGUCACUAUAAUCACCCAAACGGGGACUGGCUGGGUGCUAGUGCCUGGCUGCGAGCAUGUCCAGUACCCACUGGUUUGCAACCUGACAGAGGCCUUCUUCGACCGAAAGCAGGUGUACUACACCAAACUCUCAGCACUGCUGGACUCAAAACCAGAGGCACUCGCCGUUGUCACACAGCCUGCAUUUCAACCCAUUAAAGAAACUGCCCUGGACCUGCCCCUGCUGACUGUGACACCAUGUGGCAAAGAUCUGUGUGUGGACCACCGGCCCACCGUGGAGCACCUGAGGGCCUCCUAUGAUUCUCUGUAUUACACACUCAGGGUCACGAGCAACAAUGCAGACAAAGCACAGUUCUUUGUGGACACCCAGUCUCUGGGACGAGUGAUUCUGAAGGACCUGGCCUCUGGCAGACAGUACUGUGUGUCAAUCCGUAUUUUUGAUCGUAAGGUGCCGAGGGAGUCCAACUACAGCCAGCCUGUGUGUGCUUCCACCCCCGCCCACUCCACUCCAGACCCCUGGAUCUCUGCCUCCUUGUGUUUUUUGGUGAUGUGUGUUCUGGUGGUUUUGGCCCUGCUGAUCUACACUGGUUCCAUCUGUCUGUCCCGGAGGCCCCUGCCACCCGUCCUGACAUCCAUCCAUCACACUGAGGAAGAGUUAGCCGUCCCCUCCUGCAACUCGUCCUUGUCUUCUCUCUUGAAUCUUGAACUUGCAGCGCCCCCUUCAGGUAGAAAGAGCAGCAGCCACAGCUCGGACGAGAGCGAUGAGGAGGAGAGUGUGACGGAGAAGCCCGGGUGGAGCAGAGGAGGAGGUUAUCAACUGCGAGGAGGCACUAAUCCCCUCUCUUCCUCCUCUUCAUCUUCUUCCUCAGAGUGUGCUCCUUUAUCCCCACAACAACUGCCAGAGCAAACAUCAGUCCACUCUAUCCCUCAGCCGGAUCCCUCCCCACCAGCAGAGACAUGUACCAGUGCUGGACUACAACCUGCCCCCGCCAGCCCCACAGACACACACUGUUCCACCACAGGGACGAAGGUGGAGGGAGAGGGGGGCAGCCAGGAAGUGAACUUCUUCACAUUGACUUUCGGCAGCCUCGGGGAGGAGGGGGGCGGUAAAUCACAUUUUGACACUGUAGAAGUGGGGUCAGAGGGGGAGUCACAAACUGUGGACACCCAGGAAGUAGCCAUACAAACUGUUUCCUGCUCGGGUGAUGAAGAGAAGGAGGAGGAGGAGGAGGAGGAGGAAGAGUACUCUGGGUAUAUGCGACGGUGAUGGUCCUGGGGUUUCCCAACAGGAAGUACCUCUGUUUCAUUUCUUUCUAUCAUUUCGUAGUGUGACACACAUUAUGAAGUGGUAAAUGAUACUGAUACUGCAGACUCUGAGGCUGUGAGCCGAUUACCGUGGGUACAGGGGGACAGGCAUCAAGGUGCCACCAACUAAGUCUAGGGAGUUACGACUGUCCUGAACGGAAAAAAAUCAAAGUUAAAGAGCCAGACUCUUGUCCGAGGCGCGUUGCAUUCCUCUGUUUCCUGUGAAUGACACUGUGCUUCCUCUGCAGCUGGAAAGGCAGGCGACUUACCUCUCAAUACCACUAGUUGCUGUUUUUUUUAUUUAAUCAUCAUUACCAUCCUCACAGGAUGGACACUCUUUUCUGACAAGCCCUCUUACUUUACCAACUGACAUGACAGGUUUUUAGAUCAGAGGGAUAGAGUUGAGAAACAUGGCUCCCAUGCGAGAACGCAGGAAUUAGGAGAGCUAAAACAUAAAAUAUAUAUAUAUAUAUAUAUAAUAUAUAUAAACAUAUCCUCAUUUUAUUUCACUUUAAACCACACUUCCACAGUUGCAGAGACCACCUUUUUCAUUUCAGCAGGUUAAUGUUCACUUUCACCACCGACUUAAACUCCUCCUCUGUCUUUUUCCCAGUUCAUUGUAAAACAGAAUAGGAUUAGGGCCAGUUAGGGAAUGUCCUUCUUUUUUCUUUUUUUUGCUCUGAGAAAGAAGUCAGAACUUUGGUGAUUAAAGACAAAAUGUUCAUAUUUUUUAAAAAGUCAGAAUUCUUAUUUUUCUUGUAAUUCUGAGUAUUCAGUCAGAACUCCAAAGAAAAAUCACUUUUGAUCUCAAAAAUGUUUUCCUAAUCCUGUUCCGUGGCAUUAAUAUUUGGGCUGUACGAUUUAGAAAAAAUCACUUGUUGCAGUUACAUUAACUGAUAUUGCAAUUACCAUAAGGAAGGGAUUGCUCAUUUUGCAUCAUUCUUUUUUCUUAUUGCCAUUAGAAAAUCUAUUUAUAAAUGACCAUGAUGUGAUGAUUAAUUUGAUAAGUACCCACAACAAACAAAUAUGAUGUUUAUAGUCUGUAGAAUACACUCUGUAAGACUGGAUGUAUUUUAACACAUAUUUAACAAAUAUUGCACCUCCUGCGAUUUUAAUAUUGCACAUGACACAUUUUACAUGAACUAAUCAGCCCUAGUAUUUAUCUUUCAAAACGGUUUUCAUGUUAUUGAAGAAUGCAGUUAUGGAUUUAUUGGGGACUGGUGGCAUGUUUCAAGCAAAGAAUGAGGAAUACUUUUAAAUUGUUUGUUUUUUUACAUAUUAAGCUCAUCUUCUCUGUGAGCUAAAGUUAUUAAUGACUGUUUUUUUCAAAGCAUUUCAUCCAUUUUAUUAUACUCAGGAUCAAGACGGAUAAUGAGAGCGUCUGAAUUUCACUUACAAUGUUCUCCUUCAACAUGCAGUGAGAAUCAUUUGUAAAAACAGCUUAAGCUAAAUAGUAGUUUCCAAAAAAGGUCAACAUGAUGGGUACUGUAAAUAUUUGGGUUUUUUAUCUCUUCAGCUCUUAACUCUGAACCUGUAGCGACAAAGAAACUACAGGUGACACUAUUAAAGAGGCCCUGUUGUUCUUUUUGGGGCUUCCUGUAGUGUGUUAUAUAGGAUUUAGUGCAUGUAAAUGGUCUGCAAAGGCUAUAAGUGGCCUCCAGAGGGGGUUUCUCUCCCGCCUUGAAACGCCUCCUUUGAAAUCCUUUGUUUACGUCUGUAUCAUAGUGACUAACGUUCGCUUCUAUUGGCUAUCGCUCCAACACAUUGCAAGUGAUAGGCUAAGGGGUGGGACAUGUCUAAGCAGUUUGCAAAUCACAACAGCCGGCCAGCUAACCAAUCAGAGCAGACUGGGCUCUGGUUUCAGACAGAGGGUGAAAAAAGGUGCUGCAGCACAGACAGUAUGAGAACAAUAAAGAGCUUUCUGAACAUUAAAGGAUGGAGACAUGUCCCAGUAGAGACACAAAUAUGAGCUUGAAAAUGAGCAGAUACGUCCCCUUUAAUGUUACUUUAACUAAAUGAAACUAAUUGAAUCAAUCAAUUUAAAACCUUUUGGAAAUGAUUGUCAGUUGAAUAAUGAAAUGUUUAGGUUGCAGCUGUUUUGCAUACAGAAGAAAUGACCACUUAUUCACAUUAUGUUAAAUGCUCUGUUUUUAGCAGGAAUAUGUUGUACUUCAUGACAUAGUCUAUUACACGUAUGAACUCUGAACUGGGCAGCUGAUCAUCAUGUUUAGUUAUGACAGGGGACAUAAGUGAAUGAAUGUGACACCGUUACAGCUGUAAUACAUGCCAUUCUGUUUUUAUGUGGCCAUAUUUCAUCUUUCUGUUCAGUAUACAGUCAUGUUAACAUUGCACUGGUUUUAAGUUACACAUGGUACAUAGAGUUAUUGUAUUCAAACACCUAUUUCAACAAAAAUAAUUGAACAAAUUCCAUAUGUUACAUUCUUGUAUUUUUAUACUCACUGUGAAAAUAUUGUGCUCAAACAUCUACAUUUCAGUCAAAAUAAAGUUACAGUUUAAAUAGCAA